CAGCGUGAUCCAGUCGUAUUGCUGCGUCUGAUAACUGAACUCGCAUAACACAGGUGUUGCGAAGUUAAGGUCAUUUCAGACAGUUGUUUCGUUUCCUAACAAAAGAGGACGAACUGGGCCGAGGUGACGGGAAAGUAUAAUGGUAUUUUUAACGUUAUCUUGCUGGAUCCGCAACCGUGGACCCGACAGGUACUGGAAAGUACAGGAACUGCUUAAACAUGCGCGGCACUUCAGAGGGAGGAAGAACCGCUGCUACAAACUGGCCGUGCUGGCCGUCAGGAGGGCUUUCGUCUAUGCCACUAAAGGUCGAAAGCUUAAAAAGCGCAACAUGAGGACGCUGUGGAUCACACGCAUUGCAGCAGCAACACGAGAGCACAACAUGAAGUAUCCUAUCCUCAUCCACAACCUCAACAAGUGCAGCGUUCAGCUUAACCGUCGCGUAAUCAGCGACAUUGCCAUCACGGAGCCUCGGACCUUCCUGUCGCUGGCGAAGCUGGCUCGAGCUCGGCAGCAGGAAGGUUUCCGAGCGGCGCUGGGAGACGGCAAAGAGCCUCCAGGUGUCCUCUCCAGAGUUAUGCUGCAGUAAAAAGAGUGACUUCAGUCAUGGAUUCAAGGAGCUGUGUUGUUCAGAGACAUGAACCUUACUUUUGUCAUUUCAUCAGUAUAUUUUACAUGUAAAAUAUCUUAAAAAUCGUAUUUCCUCAUGUGCCGCUUCAUCAGAACGAUAAAGUCAGACUCGUGUGUGUCAGUCAGAUGUCAGUCUUGUUGAUAAUCUUCCUUGGAUUCCUGAAGAACUCUGUCACUGGAUGAAGUAAAACGUUUGUUCUUGAAGCAGAGUUAACAUGGAAGUCUUUCAGUGCUGGGGUCCCAACAACAUGGAGAUGUUUAUUUAAAAAAACAAAACAUUACAACAAUGCAACAAAAAAGUGUCCAAAAUCACAUCUUUAAUGGAGAAUAUGUUCACUCAUGACUGGGUUUGAAUUUGCAACCUGCAACUUCUGAUUUGAUUCUACUUUUUGUUUCAGUGUAUAUAUUCUUUCUUGUGGUGAGAAUGUAAAGAUGCUUUAUUCAUUAAACAUUUUUAUAUAUAUUGA